GAAAGCAUAGUAUUUUAUUCUUAUCUAUAUCCCUAUAUUGAUGGUUGUAUAUGUGGAAAUAGAUGUUAUCGGCAAGAAGAAUGUCACAUUCAUUGGAAAAGGCAAUUUCGUAUUCCUUGUGGUAAAUGUGAUACACCAACGACUUCUUCUUAUGGAAUGUAUGUAAAACAUGCUGGAAAGUAUUAUAGUAAAGCUAAUUAUUAUAAAAAUAAACUUUCAUCUCCAACCACUAGUGUUUCGAAUCCAAAUCGAUCUGAUAAGCCUCGAGAACAGAAAAGGAUUCCCCCUUUUUUCUUCCUCUGGUAA